AUGCGGGCGUGGGAGAUGCACCCGCUCUGCUGCCUCGCCGGGGAGUGGCCGUCUUCGGGCGGCGGGCUCGCGCCCGGCGACCGCUCCCCCUCGCCGGCGGAGGACGCGGACGCGGCGGGGGAGGCGCCGGCGGUGGCUGGGGUGCUGUACAAGUGGACCAACAUCGGCAAGGGGUGGCGCCCGCGCUGGUUCGCGAUCCGCGGCGGCGUGCUCGCCUACUCGAAGAUCCGGCGGCGCGUCGCGGCGGAGCCGCAUCCCGCCUCCGAGGCCGCGGGCGGCGUCAGGCUGAUCGGGGUGGCGCGCGGCGCCGGGGGCACCGGGGAGCGCCCCAUCGGAUUCGUGCCUCUCAAGAUAUCAUCAUUUAGUGAAAGUAAAUCAGAUGAUAAACGGUUUUAUAUAAUUACUCCGACCAAAACACUUCAACUGAGGACUGGUUGUGCUAAGGACCGGGCGACUUGGAUUGAAGCACUUGUCACUGCAAGAAGCGAAUAUUCUUUUAAUGGGGAUUUAUCAGGUGAUCAGAAUGAUGCAUCAUUUUCCACAGAAAAGCUCAGAAAUCGCUUGCAUGCUGAAGGCGUUGGUGAGGCCGUUAUUAAAGACUGUGAGCAGAUUAUUCAUUCAGAAUUUUCGCAGUACCAAACACAGAUGAAGCAGCGUUGCGAAGAGUAUUUAAGCUUUAUUGGCAGUCUUCCACGGGAAGUUGAGGUAGUUAAUUCAGUAGAUUCAACUGUCCCUGAGAAGCCACAGCUGGAGCUGUUCAAGCAUGACUGCUCCAGCUCUGGAAAAUGUAGUGAAUAUAGCAACACAGAAUCAUCUGAUGAUGUUGGCAAACAAGAGAUUAGUGAACUAUCAGAUGGAGAUGAAUUUCAUUUCUAUGACACAAGGCAAAGUUUCAGUGAAUUUGCUACUAGUCCUGCUGACCCGAGAAAGGGAUGCUUAAGCUACGGAAAUGAAGAUCAUAAAUCUGUUGAAUCACUGACUGUUGACGAGGCCGAGAAAUAUAUGCUGUCACAUUCAAUAAGGCGCUCACAGUUGCCUGAACCAAUAGAAAAGGAGAAAGGAGUUAGCCUUUGGUCAAUGAUCAAAGACAAUGUUGGAAAGGAUCUAACAAGAGUCUGCCUUCCUGUUUACUUUAAUGAACCUUUAUCUUCUCUCCAGAAGUGCUUUGAAGAGUUGGAGUACUCUUAUUUGUUGGAUCGUGCAUAUGAAUGUGGUUUAAGGGGGAAUGGUCUGAUGAGAAUUCUUUAUGUUGCUGCAUUUGCGGUCUCUGGAUAUGCGUCCACAGAUUCCCGCCCCUGCAAACCUUUCAAUCCAUUGCUUGGGGAAACCUACGAAGCUGAUUACCCUGAAAAGGGGAUCCGUUUCUUCUCUGAGAAGGUCAGUCAUCAUCCUAUGGUCAUGGCAUGUCACUGUGAGGGGAAAGGUUGGAAAUUUUGGGGAGACAGCAAUCUAAAGAGCAAAUUCUGGGGACAAUCCAUUCAACUGGAUCCUAAUGGUGUGCUAACUUUAGAGUUUGAUGAUGGAGAAACUUUCCAAUGGAGCAAGGUUACAACAACAAUUAACAACCUUAUCCUUGGUCGAGUAUAUUGCCAUCACCAUGGCACAAUGAACAUAAGUGGGAAUAGACGAUAUUCAUGCAAGCUGACGUUUAAAGAGCAGUCUUUCCUUGAUCGGAAUCCUCGCCAGGUUCAAGGAGUCGUCAAGGAUGCUGAUGGAAGCAAGGUUGCAACAUUGAUGGGGAAGUGGGAUGAAAGUGUGCAUUGUAUCAUCAACAAUGAUGCCUCUAAGGGUAACUCCCAUGGUUCACAUCAGAGUUCUGGUGCCACUUUGCUAUGGGAGAAAAACGAGCCUCCAGUCAAUCCUACUCGGUACAACUUGUCUGCAUUUGCAAUAACAUUAAAUGAGUUAACACCAGAGCUCAAGGAGAAGCUGCCACCAACGGAUUCAAGGCUGAGACCAGAUCAACGGCACCUGGAGAAUGGGGAGUACGAGAAGGCCAAUGCUGAAAAACUGCGUCUGGAGACACGGCAGCGGAUGGCAAGGAAGAUGCAGGAGAGUGGCUGGAAACCAAGAUGGUUCCAAAGGGACAGCGAGGAUGGAACAUACCGCUAUGUCGGAGGUUACUGGGAGGCAAGGGAGCAGAGAACAUGGGUUGGCUGCAAUGACAUAUUUGGUAAUUUGUCUAGCAGCCAAAAGCUGCCAUCAUCCGCUCUCUACACUAGCUCAAGUAUAUAG